AUGGCCACCCUCGGCCUGCUGCCUUACGCCUCUAUCGGCAAGCCAUGCUCUCGCCUUCCAUCUCUUCAAAUGGCACAACCUAUCAAAUCCCAAUCCGCCAGCUUGUUCCCAUCCACAAACAAGCACCUGCUUUCAUGUUCUGCUCCUCCCAGAAUGCCUAUGGCAAUUUCUUUAAAAACCUCCGUGUUCUCCAUCAAAUCGAAAAACCCAAGGGGUAUACUAAUUUCACCUGGACCUGGUACACCUCAAGAUUCUGGAAUAUCCCUACAGAUAGUUCAGGAACUUGGACCUACUGUUCCACUAUUUGGUGUGUGCAUGGGGUUGCAAUGCAUUGGGGAAGCUUUUGGAGGGAAAAUUGUGCGAUCUCCUUAUGGAGUUGUGCAUGGAAAAAGUUCUCUUGUCUAUUACAAUGAAGGUGGGGAAGAUGGCUUGUUCGCCGGCUUAUCAAACCCUUUCACUGCCGGUAGAUACCAUAGCCUUGUGAUAGAAAAGGAAAAUUUUCCAAGUGAUGCCCUUGAGAUAACCGCUUGGACAGAAGACGGGCUGAUAAUGGCUGCUCGUCACAAAGUAUAUCGACAUGUACAGGGUGUUCAGUUCCACCCAGAAAGUAUCAUCACCACCGAGGGUAAAACCAUGGUUCAUAAUUUUAUCAAACAGAUUGAGAGAAUGGAAGCUGAAUCCAAGAAGUAG